ACGCACGGCAUGCUCCUCUAAGUCAAAGUCACGUGCGCGUGAAUUCAUCGCGAUGAUAGCCACCGAGCCACACAUCCGUGAAUAAUCAGGUGACACGUUUGUUCGCCCGCGAGGACGAAUCAUCGUCACGGCGGUUCGAACGCGCGAGUGCACAAGUCCGUCAGUAAGUGCUGAACCGCGGGGAUAUUCAUCCUCGGAAGAGAGAGAAAAAGAGAGAGAGAGAGAGAGAGUGAAGGAGAGGAAGGAAUAAAGAAGCGCGAUGCCAAGAGGAAACUGCGCAAGAAUAACAGCCCUUAAACUUUUGCAACAAUAGCCAAGACAACACAACAGCCGAGUGCUCGCCGUUAUAAUCCUGAAUUAAAAGUAUACAGCGAGCGAAAUAAGCAAAAGAAAAAAAAUAGAUAUAAAGCGGCCAUUGUCGCGUCUCACGCGGUUGCAUACAAUCGCUCCGAACGACCAACAUUUGCAUCGGCUGAUGAGCGCCGAGCGGAAAGAGUUAUAAAAACGGCGUGAUGGCGAAAAUCGAGGUGAUAGCCCUUGUCGUCCACCUCAUUCAUUUGGCUGCAGGGCUAUAUUUUCCUCAGUCUGAUCUGGCACUAAGAAUACCUUACGUAUCCAAAAACGGGAUUGGAAAAAUACCAAGUAUAAGUCUAUUCAGCGUGAGGUCAUUAAAAAACGAUUCUACUCUGGCCGAGGAUGUCAAAUACGAGAUUUCGUCAAUAAAGGACAAAUUUGCUAUUUUUAACGACAGGAAUAAAAACGUUAUAUUGCAUUCUUUACCGAAAGAUGGUAAUCCGACCACAAUCAUCGUACAGGCGAAGGACAGUAGCGGCACAGAAGCUUUUUUUGAAAUCAAAAUCAUACCUCAGUUGUCGAAAGAUAAUAGAAUUAAUUGCUCUGAAUACAUAGAGGAUAUGUGCUUCUGGAACAGAUCCAAGUAUAGAAUUUAUGAAAAUCAGCCUGUCACUCUACUAGGAUCACUUGGAUCGGACGCUUAUAAGCGAAUUUGUCCGAAAUUCUUUAUAACCGGAUACGAAUUAUUGAAUGGUACGGAAUUUUUUCAUCUGUUGGAUAACAAACUUUAUUCAAACGAGUCACUGGAUCGAGAUACACUGAACCCACCCAAGGGGAUCGGACCUAGUGCACAUAUCAACGUUAGAUGCGUGAUAUGGGAGGAGAAUACCGGCAUACAAUAUACCAUUGAGCGAGUUCUCAGUAUAGACAUAUUAGAUCAAAAUGACAAUCCUCCGAUUUCGCAGACCAGCGAAAUUGUCGAGAUUCAGUUAAAAGAUUUCGUGCAGGGUGACAGAUUGGACGAAAAGGAUCUACUGAUCAACGACGCGGACGACAUAAAUACGAAUUCUUACAGCGUUACCUUGCUCGACGACGUCUACAACAUUCUCAAUUUGACUUACGAUAUCAUUCCUAUCGACAAUCCCAAGAGGCCCGAUUAUCCACCUUACACCACUAUUUUCGCAAAAUUGUUUGCCAGAACAAAAAUCUUACCGAAAUCACCGUAUCGUGUUAUUCUGCAAGUGAAGGAUGAAUCGCUACUGCCUGGUUACGGAAACUCUGUGGUAAACAUAACGUUGGCAUUGACGGAGCGCUCGCAGCAGCAGCAGCAGCAGCCGGCCGCAGUGGCGUCGGUGAGACCGACGGCCCCGUCAGUCUUGGCUCGGCAGCAGGUCUCUUACCCCGCGCUGGUGGAGAUGUCGCGGGAGUCCGGUCGCUACUACCGGGUGGCCCAGCCUUUGCAGAGGGCCAGCGGCAGCAAAGUGGCGUUCAACCUGCGCGGACCGGACGCCUUCAACGUCACCCGCUCGGCCGGCAUCGUCUACGUGGCCAAUCCGACUGCGCUCCUGUCCAUUUCCACGGCCAUCAGCCUGCGAGUCGAGUGGCGAGCGCCCGGGCAGGACCUCGCGUUCGCCACGCUCACGAUCAAGGUCCAGGACGGCGCGGAGCCGUGCAAGCAGCCGCUGACGGGCGUGCACUCGUGCGCUACCGCCAAGACCGGCGCCGAGUGCGAGGGACGAUGCGGCGUCGCCGCCGCCGGCGGUGCAAGGUGCCUCCCGGCUCCAGUCUCGCGGCGGCGGCCUCGGGCCUGUCUCUCUUAUCCUCUGCCGCCUUCCCGCAGGACCACCGACAGCGACGCGCGCGCGGCCGGCUGCGCGUGGAGACCGAGCCAAGCGAACAGCAGCGCGAUGACCGAGAAGUACGAGACCUGCUCGCCCGACCUGGCCACUUGCCCCGACAACGCGUGCGACGAGCUCGAGCAGCUGGACCCGCGGAUUUGCCCGCAGGACUGCGUGAUCGAGUCUGAAGUGCGAUUCGCCGAGGUCAACCAAGACGGACGGGGAAUACGCAGCGGCCUCGGCGCUUGCUGGUGCGACGACUACAUGCAGUGCACGUGCGGCUCGAGCUUUCGCAAGCAGCUGGGCAAGGAGCCGCGCGAGACCAGCAGAACGCGCAAGCCGCAGUCCGUCGCUUCCGACGCGCCCAAAGCUGCAGGAAGUACUUGCGGGCCGACCUGUUUGAUUGGGAUCGUAGCAGCCAGUCUCUUCGUCGUUGUGAUCAUCGUCGGAUCAUUCGUUCUCUGGCGAUACAGAAAUGCUUUUACGUGUCACAGGAUAGUAACGAAAAUUCCUCGUCGAAAUUGCAAGCACCGAGGAAGCGAGGCUGCCAACGGGCUUGGUAUUCUGCCUCUGGAUUGCGUCGAUCGCGGUGACGGCCUACUAAUCGGAUUGGAAUCCUUAGCCGCAACCAAUCGUGCACUGCUGUCUACCAAAACGACGUCGCCCGAUCCAAAAUGGGAAUUUCCUCGCUCGCGCUUAACAAUCGAGCAAGUACUCGGCGAAGGCGAGUUCGGCCGCGUACUUCGCGCCAAAGCCAAGGACAUCGAGCCUACCCUGGGCCUGACGACCGUCGCCGUGAAGACUCUGAAAGAAGACGCUAGCGCGUCGGAACUGGCCGACCUGUUGUCCGAGUACCAGCUGCUGAAGGAAGCGCAACAUCCGAACGUCAUACGGCUGUUGGGAGCGUGCACGAGCGCCGGUGGCCCGAUUUAUCUCAUCAUCGAGUUCGCCGAGUUUGGCUCCCUUAGAAACUACUUGCGCCGAAGUCGGCAUUUGGAAGGGGAGGGCAAGGGCCCUUGCUUCGCGCUACCGCCACCGUCGUCGCCGAGCGACGCCAAGUCAACGCUGGACGAGACUCGUUGCGACGCCACGGCGGACUCGAGCGUCGCGCCGCGAGACAUACUCUCGUUUGCCUGGCAGAUCAGCAAGGGUAUGGCUUAUCUGGCCGACAUCAAGCUGGUGCAUCGAGACCUGGCGGCCAGAAACGUGCUGCUCGCCGCCGGCAAAGUCUGCAAAAUAUCGGAUUUCGGAUUGACGCGCGACGUCUACGAGGACGACGCCUACCUGAAGCGGAGCAAAGGACGAGUGCCGGUGAAGUGGAUGGCGCCAGAGUCGCUGGCGGAUCACGUCUACACGAGCAAGUCGGACGUUUGGAGCUUCGGGGUGCUGCUCUGGGAGCUGGUGACGCUCGGAGCUUCCCCGUACCCGGGCGUGGACGUGCACAAUCUGUACAGUCUGCUGCGAGCCGGCUACCGGAUGGAGAAGCCGGCGAACUGCUCGCCUCAGCUGUAUAAGCUGAUGGUGUCGUGCUGGCACGACGAGCCGGGCAUGAGGCCGUCGUUCAAGGAGCUCACCUGCCACUGGGAGCGCAUGCUCGAGGACGCCGUCGAGUACCUGGACCUGAACCCACGCACCGUGCACAACCAAGCCUACUUCGCGACGCUCCACGCUCUCGACAGUCCCGACACGAGCGGCGAGUCGCAGCAGGACGUGCUCGGUUGCGCGCUCGUCAGGCCGCCGACGAACCGCGCGAGCGCCGUCAAUUACCUGAGCAAGCCGCCGUUCGAGCCGAUCAACAAGUGCGACAAGGUCGACAAGCUCGAGGCUCUGUGGCACGAACCGUCGUGCAGUAGCAGGGCCUACGUCAACGAGUCCGCGUCGAUGGCCUACCAAGAGCACUUGCAGCAUCGCCGACGCGGCCACUACGAGAGCCCUAUCAAGUUGCGAAACGCCAGCCUGACGAGCAACAGCGAAAACGAAUUGGCCACGGGCGAGGCGUCCGCCGGCGCGAGACCGCAGUCUUACAUCGACAUGCAGGCUGGCAGCGCCAGCAAAAUCCUUUCCAAAGAAUCCGACGACUUGCUGAUGUCGUUCAACAGCUUGGACACCAAUGCCGACUUCGAGCGGAUGAGCGAUUUCGAGUGAAUGCUCACGCGAAACGCGUCCCGAACAAUUGUCAUUUGGAUGGCAUCGUUCGCGAGGUUGUAUACGCUUCGUGUUUCACCGAUUCGUGUACACCUUCGUUUACCUGCAUAAACAUCGUUGCCAAUCGAAUCGAAGCUUCGAUCGUCGUGUCUUAGGGCCACUCGCAGGAAUAUUUUUUAGAUUUUCCGUUACUUUGUGAUAGUCUACACUCUUGGUGGAUUUAUACAAACUGACUUCCGCUCACGUGUAAUCCUUAUUAAUUAUUAUACGAUACUUAUACCAAAAUUACUCGUGUCAAGUGUAUAUAUAGUUUUACGUCUUUUGUUACUGCACGAAUAUAAUUUGAAAGUACUCAAAACUUUCCAGACGGAUUUGCUUACUGAAAUAAAACAUGGAAACUCACCUUAAAUGUCCUUUAUGGGAAUGUUGAAGUUGUAGUAAAUGUUACAUUUUUAUCGUCUUAAGCUCAUUCAUAUUAUUGUAAUAUAAUUUUAAAAACGAAAAAAAAACAAUUAAGCAACUUUAAUACGAUAACAAAGGAAAGACAAAUAACGGAGCGAUACGAUUUUGUAAUAAUGAUGGAAAUAUAAGAAUAUAGAUUUUAUAAAAUUAAAAAUUUGUAAUAUGUCAAUCGUGUAAAUAUUAUUAUACAACAUUAAUAUAAAAUUCCAAUUACGGCAUAAAAUUUUGAUUUGAUCGAAGAAAAAAGAAAACAUAGCAUCAUGAAUAUUUCGAAUACAAGAAAAAGAAACUAACGUUGGAGACAGAGGUUUCGAAGAAACAUAAUUUUAUGAAGUAAACCAUAUUUUCAUAUUCCACAUAUACAUAAUACUUAUAUGUUUCAUAUGCUUAUGCGCUUUUGGAUGUUAGAGCCUUCGAUCAUCAUAAUAGUUCAGUAAUAAUAAAAGGCAAAGGGCAACCGUAGUGCAAUUUUGAAAGUGCAAGACAAAUUCUCAGAAAACUGAGUCACUUUUAUCUUACUGUAUUUUACACACUAGUUUACAUGUAAAAUUAUUGCAACAUUUGAAGUAACAUUUACUUUGGAAAAUCCGUGUAUGGCCAAAAUUUAAGCAUCGUAUUCAGUUUUAUCAUACCAGCAAUAGUAUGUAAUAUAUACAAUUUAGUUUGAUACUUGUAGAUCAUUACUGUGAUGAUUUUGUAAAUAUAAUAUUUUUGAUCUACUUGAAUUUAAUCUAAUCAUGAUAAAACAAAACCAAAGCGUAUAACACUAUUUUAUAACACGCAUAAGAAGUACGAAUACUUUAAGA